AUGGAAGGGGACGCAUCCACUACUACUGGGAUUACGAGUUUUUCGCAGUAUUGCACAACAACGCCUGGCUUGGGCGCGAUGGGAGGGACUAGUCUAAUCUCCCCCCAAAUACAAUCAGGAUGGUCUGCUCCAUCUUCUCGAACCCACACUCCUGCUCCCGCGGCUGUGCCGCCUCAUGUAUACUCUCCCAUGUCUUUUGAUCAGAUGUCAGAUCGUGAACUCCUUGAUAUGGUAGCACAAAAUAUGAUUAUCUUGAAAAAAGAAUUCUUGCAGUUGCAAGGGGCUUAUGAAGCCCAAGGAGAUCAAUUAGCCUUAUUAAGAGCAGAACUGGAGGAACACCGUGAUCAGUCACGAAACCAACACAUUUUUUACUCCAAUCAAAUCCAAGGAGCCGCCGCGUCUAUCCAGGCUGUACAAGAUCAGUUGAUUCACAUGACCGCCAAUCGUCCCACAGCUCCACCCCCACCUCCUCCACCUUCUGGCACUGCCACCUCCACCAAUCCUCCACCUGCUCCCACGUCUUCCAAUUCUGACUUAAAGUUUGCCAAACCUAACAAGUUCAAUGGCAAGAAGGAAGACGCCCUUAAUUUUAUUAUUGCUUGUCAGGCUUACAUAAGGGCAAAAGGAGCCAAUAGAUCCCACGAAGAAAAAAUAUUGUGGGUAACAUCAUACUUUGAAGGGGCAGCAGAAGAUUGGGUACGCCCAUAUAAAGAAAGGAAGGUGUUUAGGGGAGAGGCGGUCCCACUUUUGGAAGAUAUUGAUGUGUUCUGGGCCGAGUUUACUAAGCAUUACGUGGACACAAACCGUGAUGAAAAGUAUUGUCAAAAAUGGAACAAUUUGCGGCAGAAAGCUUCUGUUCAGGAAUAUACUCGUGAAUUCCAACAGUAUUUGGUUUCUCUUGGUUACAGUGAUGAAACCUUGUGCGAUAAGUACUACGAUGGCCUGAAAAAUGAGAUCAAAGACAUCAUGCUAUCUACUAUGUUCCAAUGGCGUCGCGCCACGGCUCAACAGGUCUAUGACAAGGCAGAGGAGAUCGCAAAUCACAUUGAAUCCACGCGUCUAUCCAACCCCUCUGCCUCCACUGUUUGUGCCACUCCCACUGCUGUUCCCACUUCCACCUCCAACCCCACUUCCACUCGCACUUGCCUUAACAUUGGGGACAACGUCUACAUGAUUGAUCCUACUACUCGCCGCGCCAAGAAAGGCGCCAUUACCUCAAUUGUACGUACAACCUCUGGCAAUAUGCCCAAUGUUAGGUGGAAUGGGGAGACCAAGGAUACCAUGAUACCAUUUCCCUCCCUUAAAAAAGACAAACGCCCUGCUGCGGCUGCGCCUGUUAAACCAAUCAUUGCCCCUAUUCCUAUCCCUGCCACGAACACAAAGGGCCCAGGUCCCAUGGAUCUUGACGGAAGGGGUUUUGCAAACCUCACCUGCCAUAUAUGUGGUGGCAAAGGACAUUUUGCGCGCAGCUGCCCCUCUAAGCCCAUGUCUGGACAUGUGGCUAACGUUGAAUGGUCUUGGGAAAGGCCCAAAGAAGAAAGUCGAAUUGAAGUAGUUUCUGAGGAUGAAGAGUCGGGAAAAGGAAAAGCCAAGGCCAACUAA